AUGAUAGAGACGGAUGAAGAUAUUCACAUGAGUAUGAGAAGAAAGGCAGAAACGGAGCGAGAUACGGAGAAUGAUAUUCCUUUCACAGAAGAGGAAAUCAUAGACAUUAUAAAAAGGACAAAGAAAGUUCACGAGGCGGGGAAGCCUAUAACCUUGUUGUUGCUCCUACUGCCUUUCCUCCUGUUGCUGCUCCUCCUCUUGCUCUCCUCUUCCUGCUCCUCCUCUUGCUCUCUUCUUUCUGCUCCUCCUCUUGCUGCUCCUUCUCGUGCUGCUCCUCUUCCUGCUCCUCCUCCUCGUACUGCUCCUCUUCCCGCUGCUCCUCCUCAUGCUGCUUCUCCUCUUCCCGCUGCUCCUCCUCAUGCUGCUUCUCCUCUUCCCGCUGCUCCUCCUCGUGCUGCUCCUCCUCUUGUCGCUCCUCCUCCUGCUGCUCCUCCUCUUGCCGCUCCUCCUGCUGCUGCUCCUCCUCCCGCUGCUCCUCUUCCUGCUGCUCCUCCUGCUGCUGCUCCUCCUCUUGCUGCUCCUCGUUGUGGAGGCAUUACAUGGUCAGAUAUCGAAGGUUGCCCUCGGGAGAUGGGCUCCCGAUGGUCAAAACUUGGGGACAGUCGAUGUCUAACUAUGACCAUAUUCUCCCUGCGUAGACCGGGAGGAAUGGCACCUCCUCAGAUGGCCUCCAGGGGCUGGGGCGAUUUAACCGUCUAA